UAACUGUACUUAGUGCAUACAUACAGUUUAGUAUCUACUAACAAAAAUGGAGUUACCAGUUAAAUAUUGUUUGUGUGGUCGUUCUUAUGACGCUGAGCAAUUUAUGAUACUAUGCGACAUUUGUAAAGAAUGGUAUCACGGCGGGUGUGUAGCUCUAAAAGAAUAUAUGUCAUUAGACGUCGAUAAAUAUCAUUGUCCAAAAUGUGAACCAAUGCAUGGACCAUCUAUUAUGAAAACUAGAUCAAAUUGGCACAGACAUGAUUAUACCGAAAAGAAUGCAGAUUCUAAACCUGUUCAAACUGGGACAGAAGUAUUCAUUCGAGAAUUAAAAUCUAGACAUUUUUCUAAAGCCGACGAAAUAGUUAAACAUGUGAGAGGACAACAAUUAACACUGCAAUAUUUACAAAAUAAUGGAUUUGAGACACCUAUUAUAAUCGAUGGAAAAGAUGGUCUUGAUAUGAGCGUACCUCCUCCAAACUUUAGCGUUUACGAUGUUGAAAGUUAUAUAGGUGGAGAUCGUGAAAUGGAUGUGAUAGAUGUCACAAGACAAAGUAACAUUCGAAUGAAAUUACGAGACUUUGUAGAAUAUUACAAUGACCCUUGUCGAACAAAAGUUUUUAAUGUCAUAAGUCUUGAAUUUUCAAAUACUGGUCUUUCAUCAAUGGUCGAAGCACCAUACAUCGCGCGCAAACUUGACUGGGUAAACUCUGUUUGGCCACGCGAUUGGCCUGAGGAAAGUGAUAUAAAGCGUCCCGAAGUACAAAAAUAUUGCCUAAUGGGAGUCAAAGACAGUUUCACAGAUUUUCAUAUAGAUUUUGGCGGCACAUCAGUUUGGUAUCAUGUAUUAAAGGGUGAAAAAGUGUUUUAUCUUAUCAAACCGACACCAGCAAAUUUACAAUUAUAUCAGCAUUGGAUGUGCAGUUCUACUCAAAGUGAAACUUUCUUUGGAGAUCAGGCUGAUGCAUGUUACAAAUGCGUUAUUAAACAGGGCCAGACUAUGAUGAUACCAACAGGUUGGAUACACGCUGUCUUAACUCCAAUUGAUUCUUUGGUUUUCGGUGGAAAUUUUGUACAUAGUUUAAAUAUUCCUAUGCAGAUACAAAUAUACGAGUUGGAAAGAAAAAUGAAAACUCCUGCCAAAUUUCAAUAUCCUGGUUUUGAGACGAUUAAUUGGUUUGCUGCUAAAAAAUUGUUAAAAGAACUGAAAGAAUUAAAUAAUGAGGAGAAAAAAUGUCCACCAUAUUUUUUACAAGGUGUUAGAGCGUUAUUAAGUAUUUUAAAACAAUGGAACACUGAUAAAGACUACAAUAUGGUCAGUAGAAGUCAAAUACCAAAUACGAUAAACAGUCAAAAAUUAUUGAAAGAUUUUAGUAAAGAAAUACGUCACGCCGAGAGGUAUUUGAUAUCAUUAAAUCCUCCUAAACCGGAGCGUGAAAGUAAAAGAAAGAAAAAGAAACCAUUGAAUAAAGAUUUCGUAGAUUAUGAUGUCGCAGAUAAAAUGGUAGAAAAUCCAUUUAAAGCUACGUUGAAAGAAACAAAUAAAGUUGGGACUAUAAUUAAUGAUAGUAUUGCAACUAAUCGGCCACCAUUAAAGUUAACUUUAUCAAAACCUGUAAUGUACCCUUAUAUUAAAAAUACUUUGAUGGAAGAAAAACACGUUAAUAGUCCUACACAGAAACGUAUAGCCAAGCCAGGAAAACAAAGUCCCACUGUUAUCAGAUUUAAAUUAGGAAACAACGAAGUCGUUAGAAGUACAAAUGAUAAUAUCAAUUUACAAAAUAAUUUUACUUCUAAUCAUGCUACUGUUACGAAAGAACUUUCUUGGAAUCGUACGUCUGUAUAUGAUUUUCAUGACGGUAGUAAUGAAAGUGAUUAUGGUAGAUUUACUAUAGACGAGUCUCCAAAAAGAAGAAGAAAUUCUAAAGCUAACACGCAAAAACGAAUUAAACGAGAUUACGAUGGCGACGUUGAUGUUUUAAAUGAUAUUCCCAAAAAUGGUAUAGAAGAAUUGAUUAAAGCAUCUGUAUAUACAUUAGGAAACGCUCCUCAAAGAUUAGACGUUACACCAUCAACAAUUCCACAAUACAGUCAACCUGUGCCKCCUCCUCCUCCUCCUACUGGUUCUGACAGGGCAUCACCGUCAACACGUGAAGCUAUUGCUGGGAUGUUAUCAUUCAGCGAGCAGUGUUAUUCAACGACAUCGAGUAACUCCAGCAAACCAACUAAAGUAGAAAAAACACAACGCAACAACGACAAUGAUGACGACGACGAUCACUUGAUAGAAAAUAUUGACAAAGUUCAUCAGGACGAUGAUUUUAUUUAUCCUGCUUUGGAUGCUUCUGACGAUGAAGACUAUAUUUUCAAACCCAAAGCAAAAAGUCAAAUAGAUGAGGCAUGGAAUCCAAAAGCCAGAGUUGGACCACUCUUGCCAAAGACAAAUCGACCAGCACGAGAAGGAGUUAGAAAAACUUCAGUUGAAAAAGGAUUGGAAGCAGCAGCAGCGAAACGAGCUAAACAAGCGGGUGAAUAUCUGGAUAACGAGAUGGACAAGAUUACAAAGAAGAAAUUGAAUACAACCAAGAGGACAUAUAAUAAGAAGAAACAAAAAGAUACAUCAAUUGUAACGUCUGGUCCAACACCAAUUGUACCUACAGAAAAUAUUGUCAAAACUAGCACUGGAUAUGGAUCAAUAUUGACAAGUCCAAAUAGGCUGAAAGAUGUUAAAGCUAAGUUAGCAGCACCAGUUCCAAUCGAACGUAAGCCUAGAAAGGGAAUGAAAACGGCUAAACAACGUUUGGGUAAAAUUCUAAAACUUCAUAAAAUGAUGCAUUAGAUAAAGAACUGACAUUAAUAAAUUAUAUACACAUCACAUCAUCAUUCUUUCAUUGAUACAUUAAAUGCGUAUUAUUAGGUGUGUAAAUUGUAAAUACAUAUAUAUCAGAUAUAAUUCAA